CCCGUGGUCCUCCUUCUCCUCCCCAGUGCACUGCUACUCACACCCUGCAGGUCUGGGGUCACACCUCAGCAGGCAAGUGCAAGUGCAUCUCCAAGGGCUCCUGAGGGCAGGAACAUGGGACAGCUCUGCUCAGAACCCAGACGGCUCAGGGAGGCCUGGCCCAUGCCCCAGACCCAGGUGCCCAGAUGGUGAGGAAGCAGCAGCACGACUGCCACACCGAUUGUGCCCAGCGCCCGUGAGUGUGAGUGGCCCCAGCCUAGUGCCUGACCUGGCAAACCAACCUGUCUUGGGGCCAGUUACAGCUUUUCCUGCUCGGUACCAGGACACUCAUAAAUGUCCACCUUGAGUCCACAAGAGCUGCCUUUCUCCCUAAAGAUGGAACCGCUGCUUCAGACAGAUCUCUGGGACCCUCCUGGCAAGUCCUAGAGCUGCGCAGAAGCCAUGGAUGGGACCUCGCUGGCCCGCACAUUCGCCGUUGGCGGGGAGGCUCCUGCAGGCACCACGCUGCCCACAGCCAACAACAGCACCUCCCUGGCGCUCAACCUGUCGGGCCCGAUGCUGGGCGCGGUCCUGGCGAACCAGACGGGGGCGCUGUCGGAGCAGCAGCAGUACGCCAUCGCGCUCUUCCUGUCCUGCCUGUACGCCAUCUUCCUCUUCCCCAUCGGCUUUGUGGGUAACAUUCUGAUCCUGGUGGUGAACGUGCGCUUCCGGGACAAGAUGACCAUCCCUGACCUGUACUUCUUCAACCUGGCCGCGGCCGACCUCGUCCUGGUGGCCGACUCGCUCGUCGAGGUGCUCAACCUGCACGAGCAGUACUACGACAAGGCCGCGCUCUGCACCUUCAUGUCCCUCUUCCUGCAGAUCAACAUGUACAGCAGCGUCUUCUUCCUCACCUGGAUGAGCUUCGACAGGUACAUGGUGCUGGCCAAGGCCAUGCGUUGCAGCCUGCUCCGCACCAAGCAGCACGCCAGGCUCAGCUGCGGCCUCAUCUGGAUGGCGUCGGCCUCGGCCACCCUGGUGCCCUUCACAGCCGUGCACCUGCAGCACAGUGGGGACGAGUGCUUCUGCUUCGCCGACGUCACAGAGGUGCAGUGGCUGGAGGUCACCCUGGGCUUCCUGGUGCCCUUCGCUGUCAUCGGGCUGUGCUACUCACUCAUCGCGCGGGCGCUGGCCCGGGCGCAUGGGCACCGCAGCCUGCGCCCGCGGCGGCACAAGGCUCUGCGUAUGAUCCUGGCCGUGGUCCUGGUCUUCUUCGUGUGCUGGCUGCCAGAGAACGUGCUCAUCAGCGUCCACCUCCUGCAGCGCCCGCAGCCUGACACCACACCCUGCCAGCAGUCCUUCCGCCAUGCCUACCCCCUGACCGGCCACAUCGUCAACCUCGCUGCCUUCUCCAACAGCUGCCUGAACCCCCUCAUCUACAGCUUCCUGGGAGAGACGUUCAGGGACAAGCUACGGCUAUACAUGGCACAGAAGACGACGCUGCCGGCGCUCAACCGCCUCUGCCACGCUGCCCUGAAGGCCGUCAUCCCUGACAGCGCCGAGCAGUCGGACGCCAGGCUCAGCAGCGCAGUGUGAGGCGUCUCUGCUGUGCUGGGUGCGGUGCCGCCCCUGUGAGGUCAUCACAGGUGCCACCCGACUUGGUCCUGCCCACAGACUUGCUUGGA